CGGAGGCGAGAGCGUCUGCGCCGCCGGGGCCGGGGCAAAGCCGCCGCCCUGCUGCCACCGUCACCCGGGGAGACGGACACAGCUGAGCAGCGGCUGCCGGGAGCGGGCGGCGGGCGCGGCUGCAGGUGGUGCCCGCCCCCCGCACGUGGCCGGCUCCCCGGAGCGGGCUCGCCAGAUGCUGGUGGAGGCGGCAGCCGGCGCUUGCUCCUGAGAGCUCGCGUGGCAGGGCGCUGGGUGAGCGCCCGGCCCGGCUCGGCCCUGCCGGCAUGGGCUGCUUCUGCGCCGCCCCCGAGGAGUUCUACUGCGAGGUGCUGCUGCUGGACGAAGCCAAGCUGGCCCUCACCGCGCAGCAGCAGGGCAUCAAGAAGUCAACGAAAGGGUCGGUUGUCCUGGGCUACGUAUUCCGUCACUUAAACCUAGUGGAGAUAGAUUACUUUGGACUGCGUUACUGUGACAGAAGUCAUCAGACGUACUGGCUGGAUCCUGCAAAGACACUUGCAGAACAUAAGGAAUUGAUAAACACUGGACCACCAUAUACUCUAUAUUUUGGUGUUAAAUUCUAUGCAGAAGAUCCAUGCAAACUUAAGGAAGAAAUAACCAGGUAUCAGUUCUUUUUGCAGGUAAAGCAAGAUGUUUUGCAAGGCCGCUUGCCCUGUCCUGUCAAUAUUGCAGCUCAGCUUGGAGCAUAUGCAAUACAGUCUGAACUGGGAGACUAUGACCCAUACAAACACACCACAGGUUAUGUGUCAGAAUACCGGUUUGUUCCAGACCAGAAGGAAGAACUGGAAGAAGCUAUAGAACGGAUUCACAAAACUCUAAUGGGUCAGGUUCCUUCUGAGGCAGAACUGAAUUACUUGGGUGUGGCCAAGUCACUGGAAAUGUAUGGAGUAGAUCUCCAUCCUGUCUAUGGUGAGAACAAGUCUGAAUACUUUUUAGGAUUAACACCUAUAGGAGUUGUUGUCUACAAGAAUAAAAAACAAGUAGGGAAAUAUUUCUGGCCUAGAAUUACGAAGGUUCACUUCAAGGAAAUGCAAUUUGAACUUAGAGUGCUGGGAAAAGACUGUAAUGAAACUUCAUUCUUUUUUGAAGCCCGAAACAAAAGCGCAUGUAAACAUCUCUGGAAAUGCUGUGUAGAACAUCAUACAUUCUUCAGAAUGCCAGAAAAUGAGUCCAACUCUCUGUCAAGAAAAGUUGGCAAGUUUGGAUCCAUAGGCAAUAAACAUCGUUACAGUGGCAGGACAUCUUUGCAAAUGAGCAGAGACCAUUCUAUCCAGCUUCCUCGGCCUGAUCAACAUGUUGAAAGAAGUCGCAGUAAGACUUAUCCAAAAAGAGUAGCACAAUCUCAACACACUAGAUCCAACAGCAUAAACCAGAUUACAGCAAAUAUGGAAAAUGGGGAAAAUGAAGGAACUACCAAAAUUAUUGCACCUUCCCCAGUAAAAAGCUUUAAAAAGGUGAAAAAUGAAAAUAGUCCAGAAACCCAAAGAAGGAAAUCUAGUGCACCAUGGGAGGAAAAUGGCCUCCAAAGCGGACUGUAUAAUUCUCCCAAUGACCGCAAUAAAUCACCAAAAUUUCCUUAUUCUCGGCGACGGAACCCAUCAGGUGGCAGUGAAACUGAAUCUGGGCAGCCAGUCAGAAGAAGGAAAGCCCAAAAUAGUGGUGAAGAUUCAGAUCUAAAGCAAAGGAGAAGGUCACGCUCUCGUUGUAAUACCAGCAGUGGUAGUGAGUCAGAAAAUUCCAACAAGGAGCAUCGAAAGAAGAGAAACAGGUUACGACAGGAGAAUGAAAUGGUUGAUUCAGCUCCUCAAUGGGAAGCAGUGCUGAGGCGACAAAAGGAGAAAAACCAGGCUGAUCCCAACUACAGGCGAUCCAGGCACAGAUCUCGAUCGAGAAGCCCAGAUGUACAAGCAAAGGAAGAAUUAUGGAAACACAUUCAGAAGGAACUUGUGGAUCCAAUUGGCUUGUCUGAGGAACAGUUAAAAGAGAUUCCAUAUACCAAAAUAGAGACUCAAGGUGAUCCAAUCCGUAUUAGACAUUCACACUCUCCUCGAAGUUACCGGCAGUAUCGGCGUUCACAGUGCUCUGAUGGAGAGAGAUCCGUUCUUUCAGAAGUGAAUGCUAAAACUGAUCUUGUGCCUCCAUUGCCUGUGACUCAUUCCUCAGAUGCUCCAGGUUCCAGCAUCCCAGCUUUACAGCAGGGACGACCCUGCUUGGAGGCUGCUUGGAAAGUCUGUUCUAUCCAUAGGAAGAUCAACUUGGAAGUUCCUGUGCCCAGAAGCGAAAUGGGUCCAAAGAUAGCCUGCUUGAAGAAAAAUCUCAGAUAUCCACUAUCAACCUGGAUGGAAAACACAGUGCAAAGACAAUAAAAACUGUACAUGCAGCACGCUUCAAGAUAGAGACUUGACUGCUGUAACUGUGGAAUGGAUUCUGUUCCUUAGAAAUCUGGAAUUAUACAAUAGUUUUGAUAUUUGUUAGCUGAACAAUGUUUCUUUAGCAUAAGGAAAGAGAAGACCUACAUAAACUGGAAUGACAGUAAUUUUCUUAGAAUAUUCAAAACUCCAAGCUGCUUCCUUGUAAACCUUUUUUCAUCAGUGGAGCUAGCUAUGGUGGUUUGGUGAUUAAGAAGUUUUCAAGCAGAUUAUUCGUCAGGCACCUGACAAGUCCUCUUACACAUCCACCAUGAUCCAGAGGAUCGACGGUUGCCUACUACUGUUUAGACAGCUGGAAAGAAAAGUCUUUAUGAAACUGAACAAUACUGUAAUGAUGUAUCAAAUGGUGUGUUGACACUCCAUUUCCAAAAGAGGAACAAAGGAAUUGUCAAAACACAACUGACCUAUGGUCUAACUUAAUUCAGUCACCAUGUCUUCAAAUUAACUGUGUCAGCUAAAGGGGCCAUAGAUAGAUGCUUCAAGGACAGGGUAAAACCCUUCAUAUUGUUCUUGGCCAAUUGUGCAAUACAAUAUGACAGGGAGGAAGUGAUUUUUAGAUUCCACCUACUAAUCGGCUAAUGCCCUAAAGCAAAAAGACUGACUGCUCUUUAUAUGUAUUCUAGCCUAGCACAACAGCAAAUAUUAUUGUUCAUAUAAACUGCUGAUACCACAUUUAGGUCUUUCUAAGAUAAUUUUCUCAAUACUAUCCUGUGGUAGUAAAUUCCACAGGUUAAUUGUCUUAUGUAAUGAUGGACUUCUCUGAGCAAUUUUAAAUGUGUUGUCUCAGUUUUGAAUGAGUGAAUGAAUACCUGAAUGGCCUUUUGUGCACCAUUUACAUUCUACUGUAUCUCCUUAAGUUUGUCCCUAUAUACUGCAUAGCCCCCCACAGCUCCCCCACUAGGGCAGAGGCAGGCACAGCUGGAGAUGCCCCCAUGGCUGCCCUACCAGGUCCCAUCCCCCUCCUGGCACUUAAAAAGACAACAACCCCCCCCUGCACUCUCUGGCUUUGGCAGCUACAAUUGUGGCCUCUGAGGGCUCAUGGCAGAGCCCCCCUGUGCAGUGCAGGGCAGUGGGCAUUGCCACCCCCUCCUCCCCCUCUUGGCACCUGCGUGGCAGCUGCCCCAUGGUGUGUCUGCAGCAUGGCUCGGCAGGGCACGGCUCGGCACGCUGUCUGGGAGCUGGGGAGGCUCCAUGUGUCAGCUGGAGCCUGGCAUUGCUCAGCCCAUUGCCAGGCAGCGCAAUGCCCUGCCGAGCCACACUGCACCUGUACCAUGGGGCAGCCACCACUCAGGUGCCAGGUGAGGUGGCGAUCCCCACUGGCCCUGCCCCUGCGUUGGGGGGGGGUUCUGCUAUGAGUGCCCAGAGGCCCCAAUCGCUGUUGCUGCAGCUAGUGAGUGCGGGGCUUUAAAAAAAAGUAUUGGGACUAGGCUGGGGCCGGGCAGGGCAGCCAUGGGGGCUUUUCCCAUGGCUUCCUCCAGGUGGGGAGAGGCAGGCACAGCUGAAGGAGCUGCGGGAGAACCUGCAGCCACCCAUCCGGCUGAGUCUGCCUUUUUCACCAGCCAAUCCGAAUAUCUCCGAACCUAAUAGUUCCUUAGUCACGUAGGCCUAACGUAAACCACUGUGAGGCCCCAUGUGGACUUGUAGGUCCAACUACGUAUUCGAUUAAUCUGAAUCCAAAAUGACCCCUCCAAUAAUUAGAUUCUUUACAUGGGAAAUGAUAACAUUUACGUUUCCAUGUAUAGAAUCGAAUUAUUGGAGGAGGAUCUUAAAUUUGUCCCCAUCACCACUGCAGCAGGGAAAGCAGUGGCAGAGGGUCAGCCAUUGGGGAGCAGGGAGGGAGUGAUGAGGGUGAUGAGCAGCCUGCCCCCUACAGCCUCAGGCCCUUGCCCCCAUAUAUUCCUCUUGCAACCUCAGGCCUCAUGCAGCCACCUCCUUGGAAUACCAAUAAUACAUCCUCUCCACUCACCAAAAUGGGAGAAUGUAGUGCAUUGUGGGAAGUGUAGCCUAACCAUCAAGCCUGAUACAUAAGAAAACUGGUAUGAGAUAUCCAGGCAACUGUGAGGCGGCAAUCAAUGCCUUGUCAGUUUGAAUCAAUUUUUUAAAAAUCCAAAUAUUCUGUUUAAAAAACUGAAACUUACUGUAAGGGGGGGGAGGGGAAGGAAUUCCAUUUGUCAAUUUGCUUUAACAUUUUUAGGUUUUAUAUUUUCUUUAGAUCUGUUACAGUGCUUGGAUGAAUGCCAUUCAGUCCUGAACAUAUUUGCAUUCUGCUGCACUCCAGUAGAGCACUUAGGAUUGGGUUAAUUUGCCAGAGCUGUCCCAACAGACACAAAGGCACAGUUCCCACCCCAAAGGAUUUAGUCUCAUCUGUUACUGGUUUUUCUCAUACUUUUGACAGCUCUACACCUUCUCAACCAGUAAGCAACGAAGAAGAUUAGUGUUAGAAAAUCCAUUAGUUUCCCUGCAAUUUCUUUAUGCUGUAAUAACAGCAUUCAGAUUGGUAUUCAAAAAGAAUUAAAGACAAAACAGGUCUUUUAAAUGUAGUCCAAAUAGUUUAAACUCCUGUUUAACUGCUAAUUUUAAGCGGUAUUUCCAUGCGACUGAUUCCAUGUAACAGAUGGAAUCAGUCAUUGCUCCUUGUUAUACUAUAAGGGCCUUAUCUACAGGGUAAACUUUAAAAAAAAACCUUUCCUACUGAAAGUGUGUUGUAGUGUCACCCCUAGAAGACCAAGGAUAUCAAAAAUCAAGACUACCCACUUAAUUCUGAGCAACAGAAGGGGAAGGCAUCUUAAAUCAAAAUCUCUUUUCAUAGUAAGCUGUUUCAAGCUGCCUCCUGAUGUUGCAUUUGCCUGUUUUGUUGCUUUCAUGAUCUUUCUCAACUUUCUGGUUUCUUUGCCACAGAGAUGCCCUUGUAGAAAGCACCUUUUCCUGUAGAGCAGUGGCCAGUAUUUUUGGCAGGUGUGCCACAAGUUAGCCCCACACCUUCCCCAAGUGCUAUUUUGAGCCCCUUCCUCUGCCUAAUCUGCCUUCUGCUUCCUUCCCUGUGGUUGCUGUCCAGUUUUGCUGCUUUGCUUCCUGCCCUGUCUGCUGCCUGUCCCUUCCUUGAUGUGCCGCACGCUACUAGUGGCAUCCACCCCACAGGCUGGCCCAUCCCUGCUAUACAGUAUACGUUCUUAUGAUCUGAACUUUGCGUCAACAUUUUCUGAACAGUAGCAGGAAAUGCAAUGGAUAAAACUAUUCCUAUACAAGUGACCUGAUGUUUUUCCUGUAUUCUGUAGUCUGUCUACAAGUUUUGUACAGGAAUUAGAGCCAGAAAUUGUGGCAUUUUUGCUUAUUUCCAGCGUCUCUGAAAUUGGUUUCCUGCAUCCCCCGACUUUUCCAUUUAUGAUUCUUCAGUCAGAGGGUUCAGUUCUCAUUUGCAUUAUUUUGUGUACCUUUUAUCUAUCUAUCUGGAAGUAGAUUCACUCAUGCUUCUAAUGAACCUAACAGUCUUACUGUGUAGCAUGGCUAUUGCUCAGCAGUUGCUAUCUUAGUCCUAGCUCCUAUUUUUAAAUAAUCCUUUAAUACCUAAAUUUACUUUCAAUGCUGGUCAUCUUUUCCCUUAAUUAAGGGGGAAAUCUUGUCUAUUUGUCCAUGACCAAUACGCUAAGCCUCCAAUUCUCAGCCAUCUUCUCUCAUUCACGUAUUGAAACACAAAUUCCACAUCUCACCAACUUCGUUAAUGUAGCUAGAAGCAUUUUAGAGAAAGUUAACAGUGAGGCCCUAGAUUUAAAACUCCUGGUCUUAUUCCCAGUGGGACAAUAAGGUUUGUAAACAACCUAUUUUUCUAGACAUAGUAUAAUUAGACGUGCAAAUCAUUAUUUAAAACAAAACCUUAAUAAUUGUGUACCACAGUUAAACUGAGAAUAAUCCACAUAUUCAAAUACAUGUACUGAAAAAAAUUAUCAAGUUUGUUCUGAGUGCCAAAAGUGAGCAAGUUUUUGUAAAACCACAGGAGCAUCUUAACAUACAGUAAGAAUUCCUCCAGUCAUUAAUAUUUAAGCUGUUUUACCUCAGUUGGUUAUUAUUAACAUGGGCAUUUCCUUCAGCUCACCUAAAAGUUCAAAGGACCUUUAUUCAGAGGUGCUACAAGACUUGCCAAAAACACUGAUGGUAUUGUUGCUUCACACUAGACAGACUAGGCUGGUAGAUAAGAGUACAGUACAGGACUAAAACUGAGACCUUGGUUCUGUUCCUGGCACUCACCUACUGGCUGGCCUUGGGCAAGUAUUUUCACUUUGCUGUCCCUCAAUUUUCCCUAUUUUGCAGACAGGGAUAAUACUGACUUCUUUUAUAAAGCAUUUUGAGAUAAGAAACUAAGUUUUUUUUAUUUAUCUUUAUAUCCCACUUUUGCUCACUCAUCAGUUUAACACCCCUGCCCUUGCUGCUCGAGAGUACAGAUAUGCCAAGUUGUAGGUAAUACCCAGUAAAAAGUUGUCUACCUUAAAUCAACUCCUGCUGCCUGUUCCUGAUUCCAGCCACGUUCAAACUCAGUGGCUGGUCUCUUCUCUGUGAACUAACCUUAUGUCUCUUUCAUAUCCGUACAGCUCUUGUUCAGAGUCCCCAUCUUUAACUCUUUCUUAGGCUAACCUCAUUUUACCUGCUGGCCCCAAAAAUCUGAACUUUUUUUCUGUUCACCCUCCAAAUAAUCCAGGUAUCUUUGUACAGUUAUUGUCCAAAGCUAUUUAAGAUGGAGUGAAUUUUAAGCUCCUUCAUUAUUUCAGGAAUCUUGUUUAUUUUACAGUUAGUUAUAAAGAUGGUUAUUUUAAAACAUAUGCAUAAACUCAGAGAGUAAAGCAUAUACUUUAUGUAAAUUAAGUUAAUUAUUAUCCAAGAAACCUCUAUGUGCUUUGAGUUUGACUAAUGGUUGUCAGUGUCAGUACUUGUGUCCAAGUUAUUUAAAAUCAAGUAAAACUGUUGAAUGUUAGGGCA